AUGCAAGCUCCUAAAAAGGAACAGCCCACCAGACUCAGAGAUCUAAUCAAAGCUGUACGUGCCUGCAAAACUGCUGCUGAAGAAAGAGCUGUCGUCGCCCAAGAAAGCGCUGAAAUCCGCGAAAGCUUUAGAGACGAAACUUACAGGUUCCGACACAGAAGUGUUGCAAAGCUUCUUUUCAUACAGAUGAUGGGCUACCCCACUAAUUUUGGACAGGUUGAAUGUCUUAAGCUCAUUGCAUCUUCAAAUUACACAGAAAAAAGAGUUGGCUACCUUGGCCUUACCCAGCUUCUCAAUGAAAAAGACGAUGUUCUCAUGAUGGUCACGAACUCAAUGCAGAUUGAUAUGAACUCUUCCAAUACCCAAAUCAUAGGAAUGGCCUUGACUGCUCUUGCAAAUAUCGCCACCGCCGAAAUGUGUCGAGACCUUUCCAAAGACGUGUGCAAGCUGAUGAGCCAUAAUAAUUCCUAUAUCAGAAAAAGAGCUACUAUUGCAGGAGCCAGAAUUGUUAGAAAAUGCCCUGAUCUAAUAGAUUAGAUUAGAUUCGAUUAAAGUUAAAUGGUCCUUUGGGGUUGCACUGAAUUCAGGCUUCCCAGCCUAAGCAUCGAGUUGCACUUACGCUCUUUUCUGUAGACGUGUCCAAAAAAUGGUUACGCCAGCAUAUCUGGGAAGAUACACCCACACCCAGGUACUUCCUUGGACAAACUCCUAGCAGUCGGCACCAUCUAGCCGGAGAUGGGGGAUAGGAUGCGACCGAAUCAUCCUUCUUUUCUUCUUGCCUUAUGCAUCAGAAGUGUGGAGUUUUCGUGUGAACUCUGGUCUACUUGUCUUUGAGUCGAGUUAAAAACCUUGUCGUGGUGUCCCGACCAUGUAUAAAAAACCUACCUCUGACACAAUUUCCAGACCCCGUAUCUCUUAAAUCCACAAAACCCCGAAAGUGUGGGAGAAGGACGGGUCGGAUAAUUCACCAUUUUAUUUGUGUCUGAUCUAAUAGAAGAUUUCCAAGGCGAGGUCCCAAAGGUGCUGGAAGACAGAAGCCAUGUGGUUGUGAUGAAUGGGGUGAAUUUAUUGUUAGAAAUCAUAAAAAUCCAACCAAAUAUAAAGCAAGCUUUUGUACAGUACUCGGGGCUUGUAGUGAGAGCUAUGAGAAAUUUGAUACAUACAGUCCAUUCUCCAGAGCAUACUAUUGGAGGCGUCACUGAUCCGUUUUUGCAGGUCAGUUUGAUAAAACUUAUGUCAAAAAUAGCUGGGGCUGAGCCUUCUGAAGAAAUGACUGACUGUCUCGCACAAGUCGCCACAAAUACAGAACCAGCUAAAAACGCUGGUAACGCAGUUCUAUACGAAUGUGUUAGAACCAUUAUGGACAUAUCUUCUACAAGUGGUUUAAGAGUGCUCGCUACAAAUAUCAUGGGAAGAUUCUUGCUGAACCGUGACAACAACUUGAGAUACGUCGCUUUAAAUUCAUUAUUAAAACUGGUAAAGGUAGAUUUAUUAGCUGUGCAAAGACAUAAGACGACUAUUAUUGAUUGCUUAAAAGAUGCAGAUAUAGCUAUUAGAAAAAAGGCACUUGAGCUUACUUACUGUUUAAUCAAUGAGUCUAAUGUAAAGCAGAUCGUCAAAGAAAUGAUUGACUUUUUGAUAGCUGCUGAGCCAGAAUUCAAAGAAGCCCUUGUAACCAAGCUAUGUUUAGCUAUUGAACUCCAUAGUCCUACUAAGCAAUGGCACUUUGACAGCGUAUUAAGAGUAUUGACCCUUGCAGGUAGUUAUGUUCCUGAAGAAGUUGUAGCUUCGACUGCCCAUAUCAUUAGCUCGACUCCUGAGCUGCAAUCUUAUGCAGUCCAUAAGCUAUUUAAUGCAUUAGUAGAUAAUACAGAACAGCAAGGGCUUGUAUUGCUAGCAUUGUGGUCGAUUGGAGAAUUCGGGAAUUUCUUGGUGAGUGAGACUCUUAAGACCUCUGAUGGAGAACUUAAAGCUAUGACUCCAAAUGAAAUUAUACAAGGAGUCGAGAAAACGAUGACUCCAAUAGCUGCUGACAUCUGCAAAGAAUACGCACUGACUGCACUUAUCAAGCUUUCUGUAAGAAUUCCGCAAGCAGUCCAAAGCAUCAGAAGAUUGAUAGAGCAGCAAAUCAGCGCACUCAAUGUAGAACUCCAGCAAAGAGCAUGUGAAUAUAUACAGUUGCUUGGAAGCAAUUGGGACAGCAUAAGAGGACCACUCCUCGAAAAGAUGCCUAUUUAUGCCAAAGCUCCUGCAGUGGAUAUUCCUACUACAGACAGCAGCUCACCAGUUUUAGAAAAGCCAAAAACGCCAACCCAACCAAAUUCUGCUCAAAAUCUUCUUGAUAUUGAAACCUUAAUAUUUGACUCACAGCCUAUUCAGCAAUCUCAAAUUCAGCAAUCUACUGAAGUUCCUCAGCCACAAUUCGAGUCUUUACUUGACCUAUUUUCAAGCACCCCUCAGCCUUCUUUUCCAGCUCCAGUCCUAAAUCCAGUCACAGGUGAUAUCUCAGAGCCUGAUAAAUUUGAAGAUUUCGUAGAAAUAACCCCUAUUAAACAUAAUUUCAUCGCUUUUGAAGAUGAAGAAAUAAAUGUGGAUUUUAAUUGCACCAAGCCAGAGCCUGACGCUCUAGAAAAUACUCAAAUCAGCGUGAUUGUGUCUAAUAAGUGCUCAAAAGAUAUAGUAGGGUUUAAGCUAUCAGCAGCAGUUUUGAAGCAUCUAGAGUUCAGUUUUUCAUCAGCUGCUAGCACUAGUAUGAUGCCUGGAGGCUCAAUCCAAAUGCAGAUGAAGAUGAAAAAUAAGGCACAAGGCCAAAAACCAAUAGCAAUACGCAUGAAAAUUGAUUAUACUAUAGACUCUGUCCCUCGAUCAAAAUUAUCAACAGUAGACUCUUUCCCACCUAAUUAUUAG